UACACACUGCCACGUCUCCACCAGGGGCCUGACUCCUCCCCACUGGGAUGGGCUUCUGUUGGGCCGUUUGGGAAUAUGGGGGCAGCAAGAAGAUUCUGGCUCUUGCAAACUCUUAGGAGUCAGCUUCGCUGGAAAAUGGACUGGUUGCUUGGUGAUGGUGGCGCCUGGGCCUCUCCCUGUGGGCUGAGCAGAAAGGGGAAGUGUGGUCAGUCUGGCACUCGCUGCUCUGAGGUGGGUGGAAGGCCUGUGGGCGAGGAACGCCUGUCAUCAGCUGUGCCUGAGCCACAGCACUUAGGACACUGCUGUCCCCUCCGCCUGUCGCAUAUAGACCCCCUGGCGACCCAGGAACCCCCGGCAAUGGGUUGGUGGAAGACCAAUUUCUGGAUCAUCUUGGCUGUGGUCAUGAUUGUUGUCUCUAUGGUCCUGGGUCUCAUCCUGUACUGUGUCUGCAGGCGGCUGCUUAGACAAGGCAAGAAACUGGAAAUUGCCAAGCCCUGGAAACAAAAGCCAAGAAAUGAAGAAAUGAUGUAUGAGAAUAUUCUCAAUGAAUCACCAGUUCAAUUACCGCCUCUGCCACCCAGGGGCUUGCUUUUUCAACAAGAUGCUUCCCCACAGGAAACCCCGAGUGAGCCAACAGCGAUGUACUCAUUGGUAAAUAAAGAUAAAAAUAAGAAGACAGUUUCCAUCCCGAGCUACAUUGAGCCCGAAUGUGACUAUGACGAUGUGGAAAUCCCUGCAGAAAUGGAAAACCAUCGUUUUGAAACCACUGUUUCUUCUUUUUGGCAAGCUGAAAAGGGUUCACACAGCUUAUUUUAAAACUAUCAAGAACGGUUGAACUUCUACAGGUGCCCGGUCUGGACCGCCAGCGGUAAUGUUAUGAGGCUCUGUAAGAUAAACACUUCCUGAACCUGAGAUAAAGAAGCGUCAACCAUCAAAUGAUUGGAGCCACACAAAAGAUGCGUGCUCAGCCCUGAAGGCGAGAGGAUUCAGGCCUUGCGCUUCCGUUGAGCAAGUUUCCACGGGGAGGACCACUGCGCUCCGUGGCCCCCACCCGUGAAAAACCACGCUGUUCUCCACACUCUACCCCCUUUCCUUCCUUUGUUUGUGUGGUUCUAAGCGAUCUUAAAGCUUGGUGCUUAUUUGUGCAGAUCCUCCCAGGCUCCCAUCACCCAGCACGGCCCCCACAUAUAUGGUCUUUUCCCAGCUAGCCCCACCCACUUCCUGCGUUGAGCACCUACGGGGUGGUAGUUACAGCUGACUGCUCUUGUGCGCAAGUCCCUGCGUCAGCCUGGUACGUUAUUCCAGGGUGGGGCUUGCUCGCUCUUGUGAACCCUCCUCACCAACUCACACCUCAAACCCCAGUGCCUCUCUAUGACGUUGGCCAGAAUGACCUUAGAGAUUCAAGUUCUCACCCAGGUUUUUUCCUGUGCUUCCUGGUUGCACCAGAACAACAGAAGACGGAAGUUACCUUCUGGACCAAAGGACAGAAGUUACGCGUAGAGGUGUCAUAUUGCAAUAUGUGUAUUGGGCUGUAGGAAAAGUAGUUUUCCCCAGGAAACGUCAUGGGGAACAGGAAAGAAAAGGUUAACUAAAUGGCAGGUGCAAGAUGAGAGUUCAGGGGGCUUAUCUCCCUCUUCCAUUACUGCUUCCUCCCUUAUAUAAAGUUCUAUGCAAACAGCGCCUAGACCCUUCCUUCCAGAUCAUGGUUCCCACUGUCUGGGAGGCAGAAACUCUAGUGUGGUGAGCUGCAGCUAGUAAGAUGCCAGGAAAGUGGGCCUCUGUCCUAUUAAAUAAGUGCCCUAGUGUGGUCACCGAGACCCAUGUCAGCUUUGUAGGUUCCUGAAGCUCAUCUAUUCUUUCAAGUUAAUCUGCUAGAGCCCUAGAGCUUGACACAUUUCCCCCUCUUCUUCCGCCUCCCCCUCACCUCACCCCCCUCCCACCUCCCACCAACCCCACUCCGGUUCAAGCCAUAGUUUCUCAGUCUAGUUGUACAGGACACAGCUCCUGGGCUCCCUGGCCCAUGCUGUAUUAUGAGCCUUGAACUCCCCACAGCUGAGGCAGUCACUGGUGAGCGGCUCACAGCAGCUCACAGUAGCCUGUGGCAGCCCACGCCAACCUCUGGCUCCUCAUGCAGCCCAGCUCCAGGGAGAGCCGUUGUUCACAGUCUUAGCUGUAGAGGGCGCAGCUCACUGGCCCAUGUGGGAAUCAAACCUGUGGCCUUGGCGUUAGGAGCACGGCACUCCAACCACCUGGGCCAGUGUGCCUGCCGGAGCUUGACACUUUCUAACCAGACUCACAAGAUGCUGAUUUCUAAGCAUUCCCUGAGAAAUCCAGCUAAUGAGCAAGCUUUUCGGAGAGCACAAUGAACAGUAGAAAAGCCUGGGAGUGAUUCUUGGACUGAGCUCCUGCUCAAGAGAUGGAAAGUGUGUUCCUGCCAUAUCAAGCUUCUCCUCUCAGCUGAUGCCAGACCAGUUCUCUCUCUCUAGACUCCAGGGAGACUUUUAGCUUUCUGUCAGUACCUCCUUAUUUUAGGCCACUGGUUCUCUGACUAUGGCCUUAUGGAACUCUGGGAUCCAUGAACCAAAGGAAGAAACUUCUUCCCCAAAUUAUAGAAAGUAAGCUAAUGGAUAGAAGUGUUUCACGUGUAUGCUUUCCUCUUAUAAAUUUUCUGUAAGUCUUCAUCAUCUAACGUGUCUUAGACUGGGUCUUAUAUUAAUUUUUGCUCCAAAAGAUGCAUUAGGGCUUAUGUUCAGGGGAUGUCAUCCUGAAAAUUCAUGCUAGGGCCUAUUUUCCGGUUAAGUCUUAUUUUCGGGGAAACAUGGUAUGAUGAAAGUUAAAAGCAAAUACCAGGUAAAUGUUAAUUCCUCCUUGCUUUCCGGGACUUCUCCUGGCUCUCCUGCCUGUCUGUCCUUCUCAGUCUGAUUUGUGAGCCCCUCUCUCUGAAACGUCUCUGGUCUUCCUCUGAUUCUCUCCCCAUCCCUGCCCUCAUCUUGCUCCAAACUCUCAUGAGUGAUCUCACCAAUGCCCAUGGACUCAGAGCCCCUCUAUUCUGAUGACUUCCAAUCACAGACUCCAGCUGAGCUCUCUCCUUAGUUCCAGACCGAGUGGCCUCCAGGACAUCUCCAUAUGACUCUCCCCCAGACCCCUCAAGUUCAAUAUAAAGUGAAAGGAGCUAAUUACCUACCCCCACAGGCUCUGCUAUCUUCUUUGUUGCUGAAGUCAGAAACUAGCAUACUAUCUGGAGUCCUUUCCAAUGUUCCCUGCCUCCUACUGAUUGCACCUCUCAAAGAGCUCUCCAAUCAGUCCACAUGUCUCCAUCGCCACUCCUGGGUCAGGUGUUACCAGCACUUGUCAAAAGAACUUCAGUAGCCUCCCAACUGAUCUCCUGCUUCUGGCAUCUCACUUUCCAAUCCCUUUUCUACAUGGCAGCCAGUGGUUUUCUAACAUGAACACCUGACCACUUUAUCCCCUUGCUUAAAGCUCUUCUUUACCCAAUAUCCUCAGAAAAAGCCCAGAUUUCUUAAUAUGGGUUAAAAGAUUUGUCCAGAUCUGGUCACCAGUUAUAUCUUGCCAACCCUCUCCUUGCUCACCUCCUUGCAACUUCCACAGUGCCCAUAUUUUUGUUCUGGCCAUUUAAAAUGACCUUGUCUGUGGUCUCUCUUGCCCUUCUGGAUAUGCACAGUACUCUCCCCUGUCUGGAACAUUCUUCUCCACCUUCUGAUCCCUCCCAUCUCUGCUUAGAUCCUUUCCUCACCACUCCAAAUUUGGCUCUGGUGCCCUCUUAGACAUUCUCUUCUCAUAAACAUGCUUCUCAUAAGCAUAAUUCAGCAUGCUGUAAUUACCUGUCUACCUGUCUUUCUCCUCCACUGGACUGAGUGCAACAUGAGGGCAGAGACUGUGUCUCUCUUUCCCUCAUUGUUCUCUCUGUUCCUGGCAUAAUGCACUGUAGAUGCUUGAUAAACAUGUUGAAUAAAUGAUCAAUUGAAUGAAUGAAUGAAUAAACUCCUCUGGGAUCUCACCACUCCCUGUACAUGUCCCUGUGGAAACACUUCUCCCUCUGCAUUAUGAUUGCCGGGUUAAUUUUCCAUUCUUCUUUCUAAUCUGGAGUUCCUUUGGGAUGGAGCUUGUGGGGUUCACUGCUAUGUUCCAAGCCUCCAGCACAAACCCUGGCACAUAGUAGGCAUUUAAUAAAUAUUUGUUGUAUGUUGGACAUUACGGAUA